AUGUUUUGUGAAAAAAUGCUCAAAUGAUUAUUAUCAACGAUGUUUAUCGGAUAAAGUUUUAAUCAAACGUUAUCAUAUCAUUAAAAAUGUUGGAGUGAAAGAUUUAGUCCUAACCUUCAGUGUAUCAUUUGGUGUUUUUGUUACUUAAGUUAUGCAAAAUUUUCGAGUUUAUUGGGAGACGGUUCAGAAGUCAGAAGAAAAAAGUCGAAUAUUAGGCAAAUAAUUAUUUAUCUUUGUUUAGUAAUAAAAUUUAAUUAGUAAUAUCAAAAGUAUGGAUAAUAAUGACCAAUCGGAAUCAAUUAUACUCUACGAACCGGAAUCCAAUGCCAAAAUUGUCAAUCAGAAUCAACGGAAAGCGGAUGAUAAAUGGACGUUCUGGCUUUUAACAGCAGGUAUUUCCACUACUUUUGGCGCUGCAAUUCCUACUGGCUACAAUAUAGGUGUAAUAAAUGCUCCAGCAAAUUUUAUUAAGGAGUGGUGCAAUGAUACGAUAUUCGAAACCUAUGGAACUGUGUUAAAUAGCAGUGAUUUAGAUGCUUUCUGGGCAAUAGUCGUAUCAAUAUUUUUAGUAGGCGGAGUAAUAGGUUCCCUAGGAGGAGCUUGGGUGGCGGAUAGAUUAGGAAGAAAACGGUCUUACUUAAGCUGUGGAAUAUUACUGGUUCUGGGAGGAAUAUGUUUUCAGUUUUGCAGAGCUCUUGGCUCUGUAGAACUUUUACUGCUCGGUCGAGUUUUAGCUGGUCUUGCCGCAGGGCUGACAACAAGUACAGUACCAAUGUAUUUGACGGAACUAGCACCAAUUAGUCUACGUGGAGCUAUUGGAGUAUUUGCUUCUAUUGGUGUUACUGGCGGAGUUGUAGUAGGUCAAGUUAUGAGCCUCGAGGAAAUUUUUGGUACAGAAGAACUAUGGCAGUUUGCACUCAGCUUCUAUGUGAUCUUGGUAAUUACCUUUUUUGUGCCUUACCACUGGCUCCCGGAAAGCCCCAAAUAUCUAUACGUAAUAAAAAAGAGACAAGAUGAGGCGAUUUAUGAAAUUAAAAGGCUGGGAGGUAAACAUACAAGAGACGACUAUGUUAAACAACAAAUCGAGGCAAUGCGGAACGAAGAUUCCGCUACAAUUAUGAGUGACGAUGAAGAGAAAAAUGAACGCACACUCGCACAGCGAUCGCUUUGGUCAGUACUGACGGACCGCUCUUUAACGCUGCCAUUGAUCUUAGUAUGUGCCUUACAAGGAGGGCAACAAUUCUCCGGAAUCAAUGCGGUGUUCUUCUACUCCGUAUCCGUAUUCAAAUCUGUAGGUCUAAGCUCUUCAGAUGCUAAAUUUGCAAAUCUCGGUGCUGGUUGUAUAAAUCUUUUAAUAGCAUUCUUCACGCCAUUGCUUAUGCAAAGAUACAACAGACGGUUCUUGUCUCUUUUAUCGUGCUCCAUGUGCGCCGUUUUUUUGUUUUGCUUAACGUUUAUUGUUCAUUUUAAAGAAAGCGUAGGCUGGUUCUCAUAUGCUAGCGUUGUCGCAGUGCUCCUCUACAUACUUUUCUAUCAAAUUGGUUUAGGACCAAUUCCUUAUUUUAUAGGCUCAGAGUUAUUUGAAGUCGGACCUCGACCCGCUGCGAUGGCUAUGGGCAGCUUAGCAUCAUGGGGUAGUAACUUUAUAGUGGCGAUGCUGUUUUUACCUCUGCAAAAUGCCUGGGGAGCUUUUGUCUUCCUGCCAUUCACGGUUACCUGUGUUCUGUUGACAAUAUUACUGAAAAUUUAUUUACCCGAAACACGGGGGCAACACGUGUCGUCUAUAGUGCCUUUAGUUGCAAAUGGCUUCCGAUCAAGACCAUUGAUGCCUUGAAAUAGCACAUAAGGCUUAUACAUACAUACGCUUUAAAAAGUUUGAUAUCGAGAUGACUUUGCUCAAUUUGAUUAAACGCACUGUAGUUCUGCUAGUUCCAAUUUUGUUUAAUAAUUAACGAAUUUACAAAAUAAACGAAAGCCUUGAAUGACAAA